CCCGGAGGGGCGGGCUGCGGCGGUCUGUGGGAAGGAAGGUGCAAUGGCGGCGGUGGCACAGUGUGUGCGGGGCGCGUUGCGCCCGCGGUAUCCGCUGCUGAGCUUCGCCCUGAGGACUUCUCCACGGCUGCUUUGUGCAGCAACACAACAGAAAAAUACUGGCCAGAACUUGGAAGAGGACCAGAGUCAGAGCCAAAAUGAACACAAGGUUGAACCCAGCUCUGCUGAAAAGAUGUUAACUGAAGAAAAGGCCAAACUGGAGGAACAACUGAAAGAAGUUACCGACAAGUACAAGCGUGCCUUGGCAGAUGCAGAAAACAUAAGGCAAAGAAGCCAGAAACUGGUAGAAGAGGCAAAGUUAUACGGGAUUCAGAGCUUCUGCAAGGACUUACUAGAAGUUGCAGACAUUUUGGAGAAAGCAACUGAAAGUGUUCCAAAAGAAGAAAUUAAGGAUGAAAAUCCUCACUUGAAGAGUUUAUAUGAAGGUCUCGUUAUGACAGAAGUACAGAUUCAGAAAGUGUUUAAAAAGCAUGGCCUGCUCAGACUGAAUCCUGUCGGAGCCAAGUUUGAUCCCUAUGAACACGAAGCGUUGUUCCAUGCUCCCAUGGAAGGGAAGGAGCCUGGCACUAUUGCAUUAGUAUCCAAGAUUGGCUAUAAGCUGCACGGGCGUACACUGCGGCCCGCCUUGGUGGGUGUUGUGAAAGACGCUUAGCUGCUUAACCUGAGAAGGUAAAAUGCCAUACAACUAUUAAACAGCUGGAUGGUUUUCCUCUCACACCGUGCUUUCCUCAUUCCUCUGCCCCCUGAGAGGUCUAAAUGAAUUGCUUGAGGUCUCCCAGUGAAAAUGAAGCAACCAGUGAAAUUCUCCUGCUUAGUGGCCUUCAACAUAACUGUUCCAUCAACUCUCUUCUCAAGUGUGAAAUACAGGAGCCAUUAAGCUCCCUAAUGCUGUAGAUAACGUUUUUUACAACUAUUGCUCCCAAAGGUGCAUUAAAUUGAAAGGAACAAAAUGCUCACAAGAUUUUUGCAUAACGUUUAUCGUGUGUAGAGUGAAAAUCCAAAUCGUGGCUCAAACACUUCCUUUUGUUUUGUAGAAUCCAACACUGCAGAAGUGGGUGAAGUACAAAUAACCCCUUUUCUGCAAGCACCCAUCAGCUUUUAUGUGAUAAAUGCCCUUUUUUAAUGUCUAUUCAGAAAUAAUCUGGGCAACUGAAAUGGAAACCUUGGUGAGUUCUGAUGUGUAAAUAAAAGGCAAUGGAGAGUAGACAUAUUCUGUAAGUGUUCAACCCUUUUUGUCCUGUGCUGAUGUUGACUCAAGAAAACCAUCUAAUACUUGUAUGGCAUUGAAGAACCAAUAGAAUUUAUCCUAUCUGGAUUUUUAAUUUAAUAUUGUAUAAAUUGGUUUAA